AUGAACGGAAUUACUUUGCUUUUUCUCUGCGCUCUUCUGACGGAUUUAGUUCGUGUUGGAGAUGCCACGGAUCCCUUCUUCGGGAGCCACCGCAGCGACGCGGCGCUGCACCGGAUGCGCGGUCUCCCGCAGCCGGCUGGCAGCAGUCGCGGCAACAGGCUGCCGCUGUACAUGAUGCAGCUGUACCGCACGCUGCGGGCCGAGCAUGUGACCACCAAGGCCCUGGCGAUGGGCCCCGCGUCGGGGGUCCGGCACGACGACAACCCCGGCCUGCACCAGGCGGACGCUGUGAUCAACCUCGUCGCCAAAGCUUGCCAGCAGAGAGGAGAGAGAUGGUCGGUGACCUUCGACCUGUCCUCCAUCACCGACAGCGAGAACGUCCAGCGCUCGGAGCUGCGCCUCCGCCUGCCCGCCUUCUCCCAGUCCCCCCGGGCCACCGUGGCCCUCUACCACUCCUCCCUGCGGGGGGGCGGCACCGCCGUGCUCCUGGGCCGUCUUAGGGCCCGCCCCGCCUCCAUGACCUCCACCUCCUCCUGGAAGGUGUUCAACAUGACGGAGCUGCUCGUCCGCUGGCAGGAGCAGAGGGAUGCAGAGGAGGAGGAGGAGGAGGAGGAGGGGAGCCAGGAGGUGGAGGGGAGUGUGGAGCACGCGCCCGCCCACCAGGUGAUGUUGGUGGUGUUCUCCAAGCAGAGCCCUGGCUCCGGGGGCCGGCGAGGGAACACGCUGAUCCACACAGCCGAGCAGUCCAAGUACGUGAGCCUGGAGAGGGAGCGAAGCCCCCACAGCAGUGGGUCGGGCCACCGAGCCAAGAGGCACCAGCCCCAGCACAACCAUCACCACCACAAGCAGGAGCACAGAGGUCAGGUGCACCAGGCUGUGGCCUACCCCGCGCCCCCCGCUCCAGCUCCAGCUGUGGAGGAGAAGCCCGGCCAGCUGUGCCGGAAGGUGGACAUGUGGGUGGACUUCGGUCGGAUCGGCUGGAGCGAGUGGAUCGUGUACCCCAAGGGGUACAACGCGUACCGCUGCGAGGGCGCCUGUCCCAGCCCCCUGGACGAGACGUACACGCCGACCAACCACGCCUACAUGCAGAGUCUCCUGAAGCUCCAUCACCCGAAGAAGGCCCCGUGUCCGUCCUGCGUGCCCACGCGCCUGGCGCCGCUCUCCAUGCUCUACUACGAGAACGGCAAGAUGGUGAUGAGGCACCACGAGGACAUGGUGGUGGAGCAGUGCGGAUGCCACUGAUUCAGAGAUUUCAUUGGAUAAUUUUUUGCUGUGAAACACUGCCCCUUGUACGAUCUAAAAAAACUGCAAAAAUGGCGAUCGACGCUACGCACAGACCCUUUGGCACUUAAUUUUGGACGGCAACGAUCGGUGAGAAAAUUAAAAAUAUUGCUCGGUUUCAGGGUCCAUAUUGAAUAUUGCAGGAAAAUUAUGUAAAAUAACGAUUCAGAAUAUAUUCAUUGAAAUAUUUUUUGUAAAGUUUGGAGUUCGGGCUACCGUUUGAAGUGGACAUCCAUUAUAAAUGAUCAACGCUAAAAGUAGACUAUCGGCCUAUAAAAGGGGCUGAUUGAGUUGCAAACAUGCCGUUUUAGGCCAUGUAUUGUUCAACCCCAUCCUGGCCAUUAAUCAGGGAAAGUUCUGCGGACUGCCUCGUUAAAACGUGUCGAUAACAAAAUCCUUCCAGAAUCACCAACCUACGCACUUUCUGACAGAAUAAAGCCGUCCAUAAACGGUCACUUUUCUGUUCCACGCACCCAGCGUGGCGGUACCUCCAUGCUUUGCGGACCACACUGUACAGAGUUAACCACGGAUGCAACAUUUUACCGCUCUUUAGGUCAUAUUAACCCAUAUAUAUGUUCGCUGUAUUGAAUAAAACAUUUAAUUCAUAUUUUCAUAUUUUC